AAAGAAACUGUGCCUAACUGACUUUUCAGUCCCUUGCUUCUGGGCUGCAGUUUCUCUGGGAAGUUAGACCCGGACAGGACCAUGCCCUCCAUGAGGACUCUGAAGGGUCCCAGCUUUGGCCAGCAGUUCUGGAUGAUGGUGAUCUGCACAGUGCUCCUGCAGAUGCUCUUGCAAGCCCUGUCUGUGGCUGUGACUUAUGUGUACUUCACUAACGAGAUGAAGCAGCUGCAGAACAAAUACUCCAGAAGUGGACUGCAUUGCUUAUUAAGGGAGGAUGAGGAUCCCUGGAGCUCCACUGAAGAGGAGAUCCAACAUUGUCUGCAGACUAAGAAGCAGCUGUAUCAGUUCGUUGAAGAGGUGACUUUGAGAACUGCUGAGGGAAUCUCUUCUACAGUUCAAGAAAAGCAACUAAGUAUUCCUUUCCCACCCAGAAGUGGGAAACCUCAGAGAGUGGCAGCUCACAUUACCGGAAUCAGUCGGAGAAGCAGCUCAGCUUUAGUUCCGAUGUCCAAGGAUGGGAAGACCUUGGGCCAGAAAAUAGAAUCCUGGGAAUCAUCAAGGAAAGGGCAUUCAUUCCUCAACUAUAUGCUUUUGAGAAAUGGAGAGCUGGUCAUCCAGGAACAGGGCCUAUAUUACAUCUACUCCCAGACAUACUUCCGGUUUCGAGAGAAUGAAGACACUUCCCAGACAGUCUCAAAGAACAGAGGCAAAAACAAGCAAAUGGUACAAUACAUCUACAAAUACACCAGCUAUCCAGACCCCAUCAUGCUGAUGAAAAGUGCUAGAAACAGUUGCUGGUCCAGAGAUGCAGAAUAUGGACUCUAUUCCAUCUACCAAGGCGGACUGUUCGAGCUGAAAGAAAAUGACAGGAUCUUUGUUUCUGUGACAAAUGAGCAUUUGAUGGAUUUGGACCAAGAAGCUAGCUUUUUUGGAGCCUUUUUAAUUAACUAAAUGACCAAUGAAGGUCAAACAGUUCUUAAAUGUCCAGUCAUCUAGAGUGAUGACUGUAGUUCGUGCUGUCUCCAGAUACCAUGCACAAGUCCAUGCUCCAUGCUGCUGGUGACUGUAAAGGGCAAGGAAGCUACUUUUGCAGUGGUAUUGAUGGCUGCAGAAAGAGGGACAUAGAAGGUUUCUGUGACAACCUCUACCCCUACCACCCCCAUACUAACAACCUAGAUAGACAUGAAGUCAGCUAUUAACAAAUACAAUAAUGGCUACUCCUGAGGUGUGGGUAGGGAAGAACUGUUUUCUUUAAGAUGCUGGCACUGAGAGUUUGACCAUGCUCCAAUGAGUAUAUGGACAACACACAUUGGACUUUGAUGGGGGGGGGGUUCACAA